AUGAAAAUUUUAUCCUGCGAAAUCAAUAAAGUACCAGUAACAGUUAUACCAGAUUCCGGUGCUAAUUGUAAUAUUAUAGAAAUAUAUGAUCCCAUUAGCAAGGUCGAUGUGUUGGGAAUAAUUCGUACAAUAGAGAUUUCAAUCCUGUCUCAAGACCAUAAACAAGAGCAAGUGGAAGUUACUGAUAUUUUUGUAACCAAUAAGCCUGAGCUUGAAUCUGUACUGAUAUUGGGUCAGCCGUGGUUCCAGGAAAAUGCAAUGAAAAUGGACUUCCUAAAUAAAACUCUUACAUUGCUCAAUGGAACUGAUAUACCAGUUAUUAAAACAAGAACUCCACCACCUACACAACUUAAUCAAUCCGUGAAUGAUUAUUUCGAGAAGAUAAAGGUACAGUAUAUGCUACAAUAUUGA